AUGGGGGGAACUAACCAGAACCCAGCACCUUUCUGCCCCACAGAAAACCUGCUGCUCAUCACAGCUGCCACUGAGCAGACGGAGGGAUACAAGCGGUUCCUGCGCACUGCCCGCUACUUCAACUACACCGUCAAGACCCUGGGCCUGGGUGAGCAGUGGCGCGGGGGGGACGUGGCCCGCACGGUGGGGGGCGGGCAGAAGGUUCGCUGGCUGAAGGACGAGAUGGCGAAACACGCGGAGCGGGAGGAGCUCGUCGUCAUGUUCGUCGACAGUUACGACGUGGUGCUGGCCGGCGGCCCCCUGGAGCUGCUGCGCAAGUUCCUGGCGUUGGACAGCCGGGUCGUGUUCUCGGCCGAGGGUUUCUGCUGGCCCGAGUGGGGGCUGGCCGAGCGCUACCCCCCCGUCAGCUCUGGCAAGCGCUUCCUGAACUCCGGCGGUUUCAUCGGCUUCGCCCCGGCCAUCCACGGGGUGGUCCAGCUCUGGAAAUACCAGGACGACGACGACGACCAGCUUUUCUACACCCGCAUCUACCUGGACCCUGGCCUGCGGGUGGGUCCCCGCUGCCCCCCUUUUGCCCCCCAUCUCCCGUUGGCAGGCACCCCGAGCCCUGGGGGACCCUGGUUCUCUCUUUGCCUUGUGACAUCAAACCUCUUUUGGGGACGUGGGGGGUGAGCAGGGAC